GUCAGUCGUUAGAACAGAAGGAGCGACUUUAAUCUCUGUCCAUCGACCGAACAACAAGAAAACAACAGAGAGCAAGAGAGAGAGGGCAGUGUGGAGAAUGUGUCCUGUGUGGCUAUUGGUUGCUGCGACGGUGUUGGGCGUGGCCAGAGGAUCAGUCACCAACCAGUGCUGGGAGCAUCCAAGCUGUCAGGAAGUCAACGAUGAGAGGAGCAUGAUGGAGUGUGUCCGGCUGUGUCGCUCUGACCUCAGCGCCGAGGAGCCGCUGGUCCCGGGUGACGGUCACCUCCAGCCUCCUCCUCUGUCUUCCCUGGCGCUCUCCUCCUCCUCCUCCUCCUCCUCCUCCUCCUCUCCUCAGGCCAAGCGCGCCUACUCCAUGGAGCAUUUCCGCUGGGGGAAGCCUGUCGGUAAGAAACGCCGGCCCAUCACAGUCUACAGCUCCAACAGUGUGGAGGAAGAAUUCCCCGAGGUUUUGAGGCAGGAGCUCGGCGAGGCGGACGUCGAGCAACACAAGUUCCACAACGUCCACGAGAAAAAGGACGGCGCGUACAAGAUGAAGCACUUCCGCUGGAGCGACCCGCCCGCCAGCAAACGCUACGACGAGCUGACGGAGAGGCGGGGCGACGGCGAGGAGGCGGCGGCGCAGCGGGGAGGAGCCGGAGGCGGGAGAUAGAUGGAAGUCAAGAGAGACGACCAAUCGACACACGUUAUGUUCGACGACGAGCGACCCCAAAAAAAACCUGUCAGUGUUUGUUUGAAGGGUUAAAAAUGAAAAAUCGACAUAUAUAUAUAUAUAUAUUUAUUUUGUGAUUGUUUAUUUGAUAAGUUUGUGUUUUUCUAAACACACACACACGUUGAUCAUGUGACAGAAACAAAGAAACAAUAAAACCAAAGUUCAAUCACA